GUCAGGUGGAUGAAAACCUCUUCGAGUGGGAAGCUGCAAUUAAGGGAAAUAUAGCCCUUAUGGUGGAGGAACAUUCUGUGUUCCACCCCAAUGUUUCUGACAAAGGAGAUGUGUAUCUCUACAUGCUGGGCUAUGGAUGGGCUCUUGGUUUCACAAUUCCUGAUAUCCUAAUGAUGCUUUGGCGAAUGCUCCUUACCCCAAGAUUGGACCUUCCUGAUAAGGUGAAUGAAAAUACUCUGGUGUAUGUCUCUGAGUGGACGAUAUUAUAUGCUAGGAAUUAAAGAGUUCGCUUGUUUUAUGAACACAAUGCUAUCUAUGUUGUAAUAAACUUUCAAACAUCAUAGUGAUGUUUGAAAAAUUGCUAAACUGCAUCGUACUUUACUUUUUUUUUAAUUAUGAAUAAAUCAAUUCCAUUGGUGCAAAACAAAUCAACUC